AUGUGUACCGAAUUUAAAAAAUGCCAUCACAACCUUAACAAACUGGUGGUGGAUGGAAGUAUCACCACAUCAGAACUGUUGGCGAUGAGAGCGCAGAGAAAAGCGUUGAUCGACCGCGUGGCAAAGACAACCGGUGGCGGAGCGUUUGGCGCGCAAAUACUGAUGGAAAUCGGGACGACAGCGGCGGCUACGGUGUUUGAAGUCCACCGAGCGCUUCUGUCGGCGGAACGUUCCGGUCCGGCGGCGGACCUGUUGGAUGUAUCGCAACGAUUUCUGAGGCUGUUCGUGUUGUGCAAGGUUUCCGGCGACGUUGCAAAGGAAGCAAACAAACUCGUGACGAUCUUGCUGGACAUCAACCCGAGCGCGGACAUACAUCUAGAAGACGAAGUAAUUAUGUAUUUUUAUCACGUCUCAUCGGGUCUGCAAUUCUAGCUCGUUCGUGUCAUAACGCGUGUAAUAAUAAGUAAGGCAAUCGGGAUAGUUAUCGACUAG